CCUCCUCCUCCUCCUCCUCUUCCUCCUCGCUCCCCCCACCCCACUCAAUCUUCCCAUAAAACACCCACCUCUUCCGUUUGUCUAUUUCUCUUCUUCACUCUUCCUCACUACCACCACUACCACUCCCCACACUACCAUCCUCCAUUCUCUCCACCCACAAUGAAGUCGGCCUACCUCCUCGCCCUCCUCCCCGCCAUCGCGGCCCUCCCCUCCUCGCAGCCCUCGAAGCGCCAGUCCGACUGUGCCUCGUCCUGCAACUCGCUCGGAUGUGACGAGAUUUACAACUGCAUCUGGAACUGCUCGGACGGUGACCACUGGGAGCAGCUCGUCUCCGCCGCCGACGCCAAGUGCGGUGAGGGCUCCGGUGGCUGGCAGUCGUCGUGGGCCCCUCACGGCAACACCACCGACACCCCUCCCCAGAACAACCAGGGCGGCAACAACGCCAACGGCGACAAUGCUGGCGGCAACAACAGCAGUGCCGGUGCUGACGGCUCCUCGGCUGGUGCCGCCGGUGCCUCUGGUUCGGCUGGUGCCGGCGGUGCUGGUGCCGCGGGUUCCGGUGGUGCUAGCCAGAGCGGCGAGGGCGCUUCCGGCGCUAACGCCACUGGCACCGGUGCCGCCGGUGCCAACGCGACUGGCACUGGCGCUGGUGCUGCCGGCACCGCCACUGGUGCCGCCACUGGUGCCGCUGGCGCCGCCUCCGGCGCCGCUUCGGGUGCCCAGUCCGCCGCUUCGGGUGCCGCCUCUGGUGCCGCUUCCGCCGCUUCGGGUGCUGCCUCGGGUGCUCAGUCCGUCGCCUCUGGUGCCGCCUCCGGUGCCGCCUCGGCCGCUUCAGGUGUUCGCUCGGGCGUCAGCUCCCUCGCCUCCGGCGCUUCUUCCCUCGCUUCGGCCGCUGCGUCGGGCGCUUCGGCCGCUGUCUCGGCGCCUGCGGCCAACCCUUCGCAGACUGGCGCCGCCUACGGCCUCGCCGCCCCCGCCGGUGUCGCCCUUGCCGUCGCCGGCGCCGCUCUCCUCUUCUAAGAGCGUCGCACAUUGUAGCAUCGGACAGUUUCCUGACUGCUCCUCCUCUCCCCACCACCUUAGACUUCCCUUGGCGUUCUAUACACGCAUAUGACCCGUAACGUUAAUUACACCCAUUGAAUGCACUCGGUGGUUUGUG